AUGAGCGUGCCCGGGGUGCUGCUGGCCGUGCUCCUGCUCCAAGGGGGGUUUCCAGGGGCUGCCAGCGACUCUGUGACCCUGAAGGAAGGAGAAAAUCUAAAUCUUCACUGCACCUUCAGCACCCCCAGCAGCAGCAACUCUACCCUGCAGUGGUUAAACCCGCAGGGUUUCACCAUUUUCCUCAACGCCCGGCGGGUUUUAAGAGACCAGAGGUACAAACUCCUCCAUCACUCCAGGAAUGAAUUGUCCAUCCAGCUGUCCAACGUGAGCGUGCAGGACGAAGGAAUUUACAGCUGCUUCUACUACAGCAGCCCCUUCCAAAGCAAGAGCCAGAAUGUUCGGAUUUUGGCUGCUCCUUCCCAUCCAGUGCUGGAAGUGUCCCGGGGCUCGGGAAGAGGCGUUGAGCUCUCCUGCCACACGCAGGGGUGCAGACCCCAGCCCCAGAUCUCCUGGCUCUUGGACAACGGGGUAGAGCUCCCGGGUGACACCAGGCACCGGCUGGGAGCUGAUGGGAAGAAGUGGAGCACAAGCAGCACCCUGAGGAUCCUCAGCUACAGCCCCAAAGUGACAGCCAGCUGCGUCCUCCAGCACCCUGCGCUCGGGGGAGAGAGGCUGAUGGCAUCUUUACCCUUCCAGGACCUCCCCAGCACGGGCUGCAAACAACCAAGCAGGAUUUCAGAGGAUGCAGGAGUUCCCAGCCCUUCAGAGAAUCCAGCAGUUCCCAGUUCUUCAGGGAAUCCAGCAGGUGCCAGCUCCUCCACAUCCCCAGAAGAUCCAGAAGUUUCCAGCUCCUCUACAUCCCCAAAAGGUCCGGAGGUUUCCACCCCUUCUGCAUUCCCAGAAGGUCCAGGAGUUUCCACCCCUUCUGCAUCCCAAAAAAAUUCAGAAGUAUCCACAACUUCUGCAUCCCCAGAGAAUCCAGACGUUUCCAGCCCCUCUGCAUCCCCAAAAGACGCAGAACUUUCCAGCCCCUCUGCAUCCCCAGGAGCUCCAGAAGUUUCCAGCCCCUCCACAUCCUCAGGAGGUGCAGCAGUCCCCAGCUCAGCGCCAGCCCAGCCGAACCCCACAGCGGUCACACCUCGCGGGCCUGAAGAAACAACAACAGCAGCAGAAUUGGGAGGUUCAUCGACUUUUGGGGGUUUCAAUGGGACUGGAGAUGACACCUCCUCUCCCAGUGGAGAUGGCACCGAGGAGGAGCGUGGCAGGACAGAGGUGCCAGCACCACGUGAGAACAGAACAGCGAUUUCCACCCUCACCUUUGAGCAAAAUCCCGAAUCCAAGGCCAUGGCGAAGAAAGAGAGGAAUCUGCUGCUGCCCAUCCUGGUGGCUGCUCUGAUUUUCGUGCUGCUCCUCAUUGUGCUGCUGUUCCUGGCGAAGCUGAAGAAAGCGCACGGGGUGUGGAAGAGAGAAAAUGAUGUUUCAGAGCAGACACUGGAGAGUUAUAAAUCCAGAUCUAACGAAGAAAGUCCGGGCCAUGAGAAGAAUGGACAAGCUGUAAAUCCCAAAUCCAACCUGCAGUAUGUAACAGAACGACAACUGGAAACCCCAGGGAAGAAUCCAGAAACUCCAGGGAAGAAUCCAGAAACCUCAACGAAGAAUCCAGAAACCCCAGAGAAGAAUCCAGAAACCCCAGAGAAGAAUCCAGGUGACAAAAACAUGGAGAAAAAUGAGAAAAUGUUGGAGUGUGGAAGGGAGACAGAUGUAUAACCGUGGGAAAGGUGCAGGAAACUGCAGUUUCCUGAUGUUUGCAUUAAAGUUUUCAGGGAUCUUGAUUUCCAGGAGUAGAAGGGACAAGGAGCUCCAUCCCAAAGCCACCUGGGGGUGGUUUGGUCACCCAGCAGGACAGGGAGAUGGGGUUGAUUCCCCUGGAACCCCCAGGGAAUUCAUGAACCACAAAAAGCUCCUCAAGGGUCCUGUGAGGACAUCCAGGCCCCAAUGAAGAUAUUUAUGAUUGAUUUUGUCACCUCCUCUGCGACCACAGGGAAUCCCAGGUGCUACAAACCAACUGAGACUUUUAUUUUCUCCCUGUGACCCCAAACCUCGACUUCCCCCUGGAUGGAGCCAAGCUGGGAAGCAGCCUGAUGUUCAAAGGAUUAAAAAAAAAAAAACCAAAAAAACAGAAAUUCAACCCAAUUUUUUCUAUGAUUUGAUGAUCCUGUGAAAGUUUUCAGUUCCACAUGGGACUGUCCAAAUCCUGGAAUGGGGGUGGCAGGAGAGCUGCGAGUUCUCCAGGACUUUACAGGAACCCUUGUUGUUCCAGAAGGAUAAAAGUGAAUCCCUAAAAUAAAGGAAAUGCGAAUUAUAAUGUUUGUUUUUUUUUUCAUUUGCACACACACAGAAUAGCUGGGGUGGGGAGGGAGCUCUGGAGAUCACCCAGAAAAACCACCCUGGGCAGGCAGGGUCACCUGGGGCAGGGACAGGGACACAUCCAGCCGGGCUUGGGAUGCUCCAGAGCCCAAAACCUCCCUGGGCAGCUGUCCCAGGGCGCUGCCACCUCCAUGGAAGGAAGUUCUUCCCCUCCAGUUCCUCCCUGUCUUUCCUACACCCAGAAUCCCAGAACCAGACACUGUAAAUCUCAUGAAUCUCAAUUAAAUAAAAUAUUCCAUACUAUUCUCACUGCAAGUACGAGAAAAUGAUGGAAAAUGGGGUUUGGAUACCGAGUGAGAUUAAAGCCCUGAGUAUUCAGUUUUCCAGUGGAAAUAA